AGUGGGUUGCUAAAGUUUUUAAUUUAAUGCGACAUAUUAGGAAUUCCCAGCCAUCUUCCCCGAAGGCGGGUAAGUGGCUCCGCGAUCGCCCUCCGAGGACAGAGGCAGCAGAGAAACUUCAAGAGCGCUCAGCAGUCGUCCAGCUCGUGGGAUGGGCACACUGAAACGCAGAAAAUUCCUUACAGACGCCCCUUCUAAGUGUCGGGGUUCCACUCCAGUCGCGGAGACCCGAGGAACUGGGCUCACGACUAGGCGCGCGGCAGCCCCGCCUGGGCGGGCGGAAGGGGGCGGUGUCUCUGAGUGAUGACGUCAAAAGCGUCGCGCCCUGCGUGACGCGUGGCGUCGACGAAGCCCGGCUGCGCCUGUCAGCCCCGGCGCUUACUGCGGAGGAGGAGCGGGCGCCAUGGCGGUUCUGCUGGAGACCACUCUGGGCGACGUCGUCAUCGAUUUGUACACCGAGGAGCGGCCGCGCGCCUGCUUGAAUUUCCUGAAAUUGUGCAAAAUAAAAUAUUAUAAUUAUUGCCUUAUUCACAAUGUCCAGAGGGAUUUUAUUAUACAAACUGGUGAUCCUACAGGAACUGGUCGUGGAGGAGAGUCUGUCUUUGGUCAACUGUAUGGUGACCAAGCAAGCUUUUUUGAGGCAGAAAAAGUGCCAAGAAUUAAGCACAAGAAGAAAGGCACUGUGUCUAUGGUGAACAAUGGCAGUGACCAGCAUGGAUCUCAGUUUCUUAUUACUACAGGAGAUAAUCUGGAUUACCUUGAUGGUGUUCAUACAGUAUUUGGAGAAGUAACAGAAGGCAUGGACAUAAUUAAGAAAAUUAAUGAGACCUUUGUUGACAAGGACUUUGUCCCAUAUCAAGAUAUCAGGAUAAACCAUACGGUGAUUUUAGAUGAUCCAUUUGAUGACCCUCCUGAUUUAUUAAUUCCUGAUCGAUCACCAGAACCUACUCGAGAACAGCUAGAUAGUGGCCGAAUAGGAGCAGAUGAAGAAAUUGAUGACUUUAAAGGAAGAUCAGCUGAAGAAGUAGAAGAAAUAAAGGCUGAAAAAGAGGCUAAAACUCAAGCUAUUCUCCUAGAAAUGGUAGGAGACCUACCUGAUGCAGAUAUUAAACCUCCAGAAAAUGUGCUGUUUGUGUGUAAGUUGAACCCAGUGACAACAGAUGAAGAUCUGGAGAUAAUCUUUUCAAGAUUUGGGCCAAUAAGAAGUUGUGAGGUUAUCCGGGAUUGGAAGACAGGAGAAUCCCUCUGUUAUGCUUUCAUUGAAUUUGAAAAGGAAGAAGAUUGUGAAAAAGCGUUUUUCAAAAUGGACAAUGUGCUCAUAGAUGACAGGAGAGUACACGUGGAUUUCAGCCAGUCUGUCGCAAAGGUCAAGUGGAAAGGAAAGGGAGGAAAAUAUACCAAGAGUGAUUUCAAGGAGUAUGAAAAGGAACAGGAUAAAUCAUCCAAUCUGGUUCUGAAAGACAAAGUAAAACCCAAACAGGAUGCGAAAUAUGAUCUUAUAUUAGAUGAGCCGGCAGAAGACUCAAAGUCAGGCCAUUCACGCACAAGCAAAAAACACAAGAAGAAAACCCACCACUGCUCUGAAGAGAAGGAAGACGAGGAUUACAUGCCGAUCAAAAACACUAACCAGGAUAUCUAUCGGGAAAUGGGGUUUGGUCACUAUGAAGAAGAAGAAAGCUGUUGGGAGAAGCAGAAGAGUGAAAGGAGAGACCGGUCUCAAAACCGAAGUCGUAGCCGAUCACGAGAAAGGGACGGUCACUACAGUAGCAGCCACAAAUCCAAACACCAAACAGACCCCUAUGAGAGAGAAAGGGGUAGAAGGAGAGAGCGAAGCAGGAGUCCCAAGAAAUCCAAAGACAAAGAAAAGUCUAAGUACAGGUGAAAGAUGAAGAGUCAGACAUGAGUGGCUAACACGUUACUCUUGUCACUAGAGUACAGGUGGUCAGAUUUUGUGGCAAAGCGGUGAAAGACUACUUGUUAUUUUUCAACCAGCAUUAGGGCCCUUUUAGAUCAGUACUGUCUGUGUGGGGCACUACAAGACAAUAAAGAGUUGAACUUGUUCUUUGUAUACUUUUUUACAUAAUUUUAUUGUUAUACAUAAUAUUCUUUACACCUUGUAUGUACAUAUCUGGGUCUUUCACAUUUUUCCAGCCUUUUUUUUUUUUUUCAAACAAAGCAUUUCAUACCUACAAAAAAAAUACCCAGAUAUAUACAAAUAAAGAAUAUUAUCUAUAUACCCAUCUGCUGCUUAAGAAAUAGAAUAUUACUUUUUAGACAUCUCCAUGUAUUUUCUCCUUCUCAAGUAAUUAUUCUCAAAUUUCUGUUGGUAAUUUUCUUGCUUGUUAUUAUAGUUUUACAACCUUUGUAUAUUGUAAUGUUAAAUUUUGUUUGUUUUUGAAUUUUGUGUAAAUGGUAUGAUGUAUAUGUAUUUCUGUGACUUUUUCAGUAAUUUAGUGUUUGAGAGCCCUCCAUUUUAUUGCUGUGUAGUAUAUGAAUAGAUCACAGUUUAUCCAUUUUUCUAUUGAUGGACAUUUGUUUUCACUUUGCUAUUUCAAAUGAUGCUGCUAUGAACAAUCUAUCUUGGUGUGAUAUUCUUA